AUGAGUUUGUACGAGAAGCCACAAGUAGUUUUUGAGUUCGUCGAAGUCAAAAUUGGUUCUAAACUGUACUAUGCCAUAUAUAUCCAUAGAUCGAUAGCCGAAUAA